ACCCAGUUGCCUUGCCAUCUAUGAUUGAAGUAUUGAAGGUCAUUUUGCGGUGAAAAGUUGAAUUUUUAGAGCUGCAUUUGCUCUCAUUUAAACCCAAAAAUACCCCAAAAAAUAUCUAUUCAAAAUGCAGACAGCUCUAAGGAAGUCUUCUUCAACUUUAUUGCCCAAAUCCAUGAAACACCUGAGGAAAGGAUAUUUAAAUAAUUUAUAUCGAUUAUAUUCUUCUGGUCAAGAUGCUGAUCUAGUUGUUAUUGGUUCUGGCCCUGGUGGAUAUGUUGCUUCCAUAAAAGCAGCCCAACUGGGGUUGAAAACAGUAUGCAUAGAAAAAGACCCAACACUAGGCGGUACAUGUUUAAAUGUAGGAUGUAUACCUUCGAAAGCAUUAUUGAACAAUUCUCAUUACUAUCACAUGGCCCAUUCUGGGGACCUAGCAUCCAGAGGAAUUAUCACCGAUGGUGUACGAUUAGAUUUAGAAAAACUUAUGGCUCAGAAAACCAAUGCAGUCAAAUCUCUUACUGGCGGAAUAGCCCAACUUUUUAAGAAGAAUAAGGUAGAUCUUAUCAAAGGGCAUGGCAAAAUAACUGGGGUAAAUCAAGUAACAGCCCUAAAAGAAGAUGGCUCUACAGAAGUAGUUAACACAAAAUACAUCAUGAUAGCAACGGGGUCUGAAGUAACACCAUUCCCAGGCAUUGAAAUAGAUGAAGAACAGAUUGUUUCUUCAACUGGAGCACUGUCACUGAAGGAAGUUCCCAAAAAGUUCAUUGUUAUUGGUGCUGGUGUUAUUGGUCUUGAAUUGGGUUCAGUUUGGUCAAGAUUAGGAGCUGAAGUGACUGCUGUUGAAUUUCUUCCUUCAAUUGGUGGCAUGGGAAUCGACAGUGAAGUGUCAAAAUCCCUACAAAAAAUUUUAACGAAGCAAGGUUUGAGUUUUAAAUUGAACACAAAGGUUAUGGGAGCCCAGAAAACUGGAGGAAUUGUGAAGGUUCAAGUGGAAGAUGCCAAAGACUCUAGCAAAACGGAAGAACUAGAAUGCGAUGUUUUACUAGUUUGUGUUGGACGUAGACCUUACACCACAAAUCUUGGACUUGAAGAUAUGGGUAUAGAAAGGGACCAAAAGGGCAGAGUACCUGUAAACGGUAACUUCCAAACUGUCAUUCCAAAUAUUUACGCUAUAGGAGACUGUAUCCAUGGACCCAUGUUGGCCCACAAAGCCGAAGACGAAGGUAUUCUUUGUGUGGAAGGAAUUUUGGGUGGACCCUGCCAUAUCGAUUACAAUUGUGUUCCGUCAGUUAUUUACACCCAUCCAGAAGUUGGUUGGGUUGGAAAAACAGAGGAAGAUCUGAAAAAUGAAGGUGUUCAAUAUAAAAUUGGAAAAUUCCCCUACUUGGCAAACUCUAGGGCAAAAUGUAACAAUGAAAGUGACGGAUUUGUUAAAGUUCUGUCCUGUAAAGAAACUGACCGUAUCUUGGGAACUCAUAUAAUUGGUCCUUGUGCUGGAGAAUUGAUAAAUGAAGCAGUUUUGGCACAAGAAUACGGAGCUUCAGCAGAAGAUGUUGCCAGGGUUUGUCACGCACAUCCAACUUGUGCAGAAGCCCUGAGGGAAGCCAACACAGCAGCAGCUUUCGGAAAACCCAUAAAUUUCUAAACACUACAUUUGGCAAUACAACAAAUGUAAAUACGACCUAUCCACUUUUAUUUAUUUAAGGAGUAAAUUUUUUAUUGAACGAAAUGAAACGGAUGUAUGAGUUAUUGUUUUUUGUUGAAUGUUUUGAAGCAAUAUUAUCGUUUCAUUGUCUUAGGGACUUGUAUUUAUAAGGCUCACAUCAAAAUGCUGUUAUGUAUUGUAAAAAUAAAUUAAUUCCUACUGAACAA